GGCGAUAGUGGCGGUGGCGUAAUGGCACAACUAGAUGAUGGCCGUUGGGUAGUGCUUGGUAUUCAUGUAUUGAGCCACUUUUGUCAUCACCUCGACAUUAAAUAUUAUGAACCGAGCAAGCAAGCCCAUACGAGUGUUGCACUUCAUGCAGCCGAUAUUGCUCGCUUUACUGGCUUCUUCUUACCAAUG